AUGAGCUCCCGUGGCUUAGCUCUGGCAUCUCCAGCCAAGAAUGUGGUGGUGUACCGCAACGGUGACCCCUUCUUCCCCGGGAGGAAGUUUGUAGUGAACCAGCGGCGGUUCCUGACCUUUGAGGCAUUUCUGAAUGAGGUGACCAAGAGCAUUCACGCGCCCUUGGCUGUGAGGAGCCUCUACACGCCCAGGCACGGCCACCGCGUCGCUGAGCUGGGAGACCUGCAGGAUGGGUGCCAGUACGUGGCUGCAGGCUUUGAAAGGUUCAAAAAGCUCAAUGUUUUCCGGAAUGGGGAUUUGCAGAGCCCUCCUUUCCCACUGCCGCUCUCCAAGAGCACCCCGCUGCAGUGGGAUGCGCUCCUGGCCACGCUGACACAGAAAGCCGGCCUGCGCAGCGGAGCUGUUAACACGCUCUGCAGGCUGGAUGGAACCCAGGUGUCCAGUGGGGAGGAGCUGGUGAAUGGUGAUUACUAUGUGGCAGUGGGAAAUGAGGAGUACAAAAAACUGCCUUACUUUGAGCUGCUGGUCCCCCAGGAUUCUCCGUGCAGGAUGCUGUGGUACGUAGACUGCGGCCGAGCAGCUUAA